AUGCUCCGAGGUGCUCAAACAGCUGCUGCAUCUGAGCCUGUUGAGAAACCACGACUAAAGAGGUUUCUUGUUUAUAGAUGGAACCCAGACAAACCAGGUGAUAAGCCUCGUAUGCAGGAAUAUCAAGUAUUUAAAUACUGUGGUCCAAUGGUGUUAGAUGCUUUGAUUAAAAUAAAAAAUGAAAUAGAUCCUACGUUAACUUUUAGACGUUCCUGCCGUGAGGGUAUUUGUGGAUCUUGUGCAAUGAACAUUAAAGGAGGUAAUACAUUAGCAUGUAUUAGUCGUAUAGAUCCUGACAAUAGUAAACCUCUCAAAAUAUACCCAUUACCUCACAUGUAUGUUGUUAAAGAUCUAGUACCGGAUAUGACCCACUUUUAUGAGCAAUAUCGGUCUAUUGAACCAUAUUUGAAGAGAAAAGAUGAAACAGAGGAGAUGGGAAAACAACAACACCUCCAGUCAGUCAAGGACAGAGAAAAGCUAGAUGGUCUAUACGAGUGUAUUUUAUGUGCCUGCUGUUCGACAGCUUGUCCUUCUUAUUGGUGGAAUCCUGAUAAAUAUUUAGGACCUGCUGUACUCAUGCAAGCUUAUAGAUGGAUGAUUGAUAGCAGGGAUCAGUUUCAAGCCGAGAGAUUAGCUAAAAUAUCCGAUCCAUUCUCAGUAUUUCGAUGUCACACUAUAUUAAGUUGUACCAAGACUUGCCUAAAGUAAGGGCUUAACCCUGGAAAGGCUAUUGCAGAAAUUAAAAAAAUGUUAGCUUCAGCAUAA